AUGCGGCGGCGGGACGGGCGCCUUCGCAGCCUCGCAGGAAGCUGCCGCCACCGGAUGGGGGGCCCGGGGCGCAGCCGCCGCCCCCGCCCCCGCCGAGUGGCCUUCCGGCGGGCGGGCGCUCCGCCGCCCCGGAAGCCGCGCGCGCGCGCGCGGGCGGGCGGGCAGGCCGCGGAGCCGGGCGCGGGCGGCGGGGUGGGCGCGGGCCGGGCCGGGAGGCCGGCGGCGGGCGCGACGCGGCCGGCCAGCGCCGCCGGGACGAGCCGGGCGGGCGCCGCGCGGUGGGAGGAGCGGGGCGGCGGCGGCGGCGCGCCGCGCGAGGACGGCCCGGCGGGCCCCGCGCCCGCGCCCCCGCUCCUCCCGGGCCCCUCGGCCUCGGUCGCCGCGGCGAUUCGCGCCUCGCGGCGCCGGCACCUGCCCGCGCGCCCCCCGCGAGCCCCGGGCCCGCGAGCGUUGGCGUUGGCGUUGGCGGCGCGCGCUGGGGCAUGCCCCGCGCCUAGGGCCCGGGGGGCGCGCGGGGGGCGCGCGGGGGGCCCGGGCGGCGGCGGCGGCGGCGGGCGCGGCGCGGGGCGCGUGGAUGUGGCGCCGGGCCCGGGCGGCGGCGGGCUCCAGCGGCGGGACCCCUUCGCCCCGCCCGCCUUCCCCUUCGCUCCCCCGGGCGAGGCCGAGGCCGCGGCCGUGAUCGGCCGGGAGCCGGCGGCGGGGGGAGGCCGGGGCCGGGGCCGGGGGCGCCGCCGGGGCGCGCGGGGCAGCGGCGGGUGCCGCGGGGGCCCGGGCGCGCGGGAGCGGGAGCGGCCUGGGGAGCCGGAGCGCACCAUGGAGGCGGCGGCGGGCGGCCGCGGCGGCUUCCAGCCGCACCCGGGGCUGCAGAAGACGCUGGAGCAGUUCCAUCUGAGCUCCAUGAGCUCGCUGGGCGGCCCAGCCGCUUUCUCGGCGCGCUGGGCGCAGGAGGCCUACAAGAAGGAGAGCUCCAAGGAGGCGGGCGCGGCUGCGGUGCCGGCGCCGGUGCCCGCGGCUGCCGAGCCGCCGCCGGUGCUGCACCUGCCCGCCAUCCAGCCGCCGCCGCCCGUGCUGCCCGGGCCCUUCUUCAUGCCGUCCGACCGCUCCACGGAGCGCUGCGAGACCGUGCUGGAGGGCGAGACCAUCUCGUGCUUCGUGGUGGGCGGCGAGAAGCGCCUCUGUCUGCCGCAGAUCCUCAACUCGGUGCUGCGCGACUUCUCGCUGCAGCAGAUCAACUCGGUGUGCGACGAGCUGCACAUCUACUGCUCGCGCUGCACGGCCGACCAGCUGGAGAUCCUCAAAGUCAUGGGCAUCCUGCCCUUCUCGGCGCCCUCGUGCGGGCUCAUCACCAAGACGGACGCUGAGCGCCUGUGCAACGCGCUGCUGUACGGCGGCGCCUACCCGCCGCCCUGCAAGAAGGAGCUGGCGGCCAGCCUGGCGCUGGGCCUGGAGCUCAGCGAGCGCAGCGUGCGCGUGUACCACGAGUGCUUCGGCAAGUGCAAGGGGCUGCUGGUGCCCGAGCUCUACAACAGCCCGAGCGCCGCCUGCAUCCAGUGCCUCGACUGCCGCCUCAUGUACCCACCGCACAAGUUCGUGGUGCACUCGCACAAGGCCCUGGAGAACCGGACCUGCCACUGGGGCUUCGACUCGGCCAACUGGCGGGCCUACAUCCUGCUCAGCCAGGACUACACGGGCAAGGAGGAGCAGGCGCGCCUCGGCCGCUGUCUGGACGACGUCAAGGAGAAGUUCGACUACGGCAACAAGUACAAGCGGCGGGUGCCCCGGGUCUCCGAGCCCCCGGCCUCCGUAAGAAAAGCAGACGACGCCCCCUCCCAGCACCCCACGUCCUCCGAGAAGGACAAGCAGUGUGGCUGGCUGCGGACUCUGGCCGGCUCCUCCAGCAAGAGCCUGGGCUGCAUCCACCCUCGCCAGCGCCUCUCUGCCUUCCGACCCUGGUCCCCUGCGGUUUCUGCGAGUGACAAAGAGCUCUCCCCACACCUCCCAGCCCUGAUUCGAGACAGCUUUUACUCCUACAAGAGUUUUGAGACGGGCGUGGCCCCCAACGUGGCCCUAGCACCGCCAGCCCAGCACAAGGUGGUGAGCAGCCCGCCCUGCGCCACGGUCGUCUCCCGGGCCCCCGAGCCCGUCACCAGCUGCGUCCAGCCUCGGAAGCGGAAGCUGACGGUCGACACCCCUGGAGCCCCGGAGACGCCGGCACCCGGGCCCGCCCCAGAGGAGGACAAGGACUCGGAGGCCGAGGUGGAGGUGGAGGGAAGAGAGGAGUUCACCUCCUCCCUGUCCUCGCUCUCCUCCCCGUCCUUUACCUCAUCCGGCUCCGCCAAGGACCUGAGCUCCCCAGGCCUGCUUGCCCUGCCUGCGGCCCCCGGCGCCCCCGAUGCCGCGGCCCCCGCCGACGCCCCGAGCAGCGGGCUGGAGGUGGAGCUGGAGCACCUGCGGCAGGCCCUGGAGGGCGGCCUGGACACCAAGGAAGCCAAAGAGAAGUUCCUGCACGAGGUGGUGAAGAUGCGUGUGAAGCAGGAGGAGAAGCUGAGCGCCGCGCUGCAGGCCAAGCGCAGCCUCCACCAGGAGCUGGAGUUCCUGCGCGUGGCCAAGAAGGAGAAGCUGCGGGAGGCCACGGAGGCCAAGCGCAGCCUCCGGAAGGAGAUCGAGCGGCUCCGGGCCGAGAAUGAGAAGAAGAUGAAGGAGGCCAACGAGGCGCGGCUCCGCCUGAAGCGGGAGCUGGAGCAGGCGCGGCAGGCGCGCGUGUGCGACAAGGGCUGCGAGGCCGGCCGCCUGCGGGCCAAGUACUCGGCCCAGAUCGAGGACCUGCAGGUGAAGCUGCAGCACGCGGAGGCCGAUCGCGAGCAGCUGCGGGCUGACCUCCUGCGGGAGCGGGAGGCCCGGGAGCACCUGGAGAAGGUGGUGAAGGGGCUGCAGGAGCAGCUGUGGCCGCGGCCCCGCUCUGAGGCCACGGGCGGCGAGAGCACGGCUGAGCUGGAGCCCUAGCCGGACCCACUGCCUGCUGCGCGGGGCGGACGCCGCGGGGCGGGCGGGCAGCGGGGCUGCGGGCUCCGUGCCGGCGGGGCUGCUCCCCCCCCGCCCCGCCUCCCCCAGCCCCGGUCCAUAAAGCACAACGUCUUACUGUGCCUAGAACCAAGCAAGUGUUUGGACCCGCAUACUUUUGGAAUCCACUGCAAAAUUUUCUACUGGCCAAGGUCAAGCGAGCAAGCCGGUCCCCAACUGCAGCCGGAGCCGAGGCCAGCUCGGUAGCUGCAGCUGGCCCUCCGCUUGCCGGAUCGUUCUAACAUUUACACUUUUGUGAUAAGCUAUUUAAAACCCAUAAGGAGACUUGAUAUUCAAAGAAAUCAACAUGUUUUUUAAUGACUGACUUUUAAAAGCCCCACCCACACGUGACGCCACCUGAGGACCCGCAAGGGAGCCAGGGUGGCAGCCGCCCUGCCCCUCGAAGCCAUCGCAGCUCGUCCGCGCCCGCGGCCGCGUGACAACACAAAGGGUUUUUCUCCAGAGUCUAUUUUUUCAGCCACAAGGACCCCCGUCUCCUGUGCUGCCACCGGGAAGGGCACGGAGAGCACCGCGCAGGCACGAUGAGCUGGAACACUGCCGCCUUACCCGCCCGCCUUCCCCAGGUGUGUCCGCAGGUGUGCUUGGAGGCGACGGGAGACGGGUCCGCGCUGGCUGGGCACACGCGCCCUCGACCAGGCGACCCUCUCAAUUAGGCAAGCGUUUGCUCCUUCUGUUUGGGGACUGAGGCUGCAGCAUUGGAACAAAACACAGCAUUAUUUCACUUUUUCUUUUUGUUUGUUCGUUCAUUUAAACGUAUAUUUAGAACUGCACUUUGUCAAAAAAUCUUCCCUUCUCUUUUUAUUCCCCAGUUAACUGAGG